AUGGCAAUUACUGGCAAAUAUGCGAAGCGACUCUUCGAGUCCAUAGUAAAACACCGACAGGGCAUUCGCGCCAAUUGCCCUACUUUGAAUGACAAAGCAUUAGCCAGCCGGCCCACAACUGUGACUGCAAAGCAUAUGGGCUAUGGUUAUGCUGUUUUUCGGUUUGCACCUUUUUGGCGGGAGAUGAGAAAAAUUGCUAUGUUUGAACUUUUAUCGAAUCGGAGGCUGGAUACUCUCAAGCAUGUUCAAGUGUCUGAAGUGGAUAUUGGGAUCCAUGAGCUGUACAAAUUGUGGAGCGAUAACAAUUCUGGCAGGCCGAUGCUGGUUGAGCUCAAACGUUGGUUUGAGGGCUUAACACUAAACAUAAUCGUUAGAAUGGUUGCUGGGAAAUGUUAUUUUGGUGCUGGAGCAACUUGUGAUAAUGAUGAUGAAGCUAGGAGAUGCCAAAAGGCAAUAAAUCAAAUUUUCCAUUUAAUUGGAAUUUUUGCACCAGCAGAUGCAUUUCCAAUUUUGGGUUGGUAUGACAUAAAUGGGCAUGAAAAGGCCAUGAAGAAAACAGCUAAAGAACUUGAUUCUAUACUUGCAGGAUCGCUAAAAGAACAUAAUGAGAAAACAAGAUGCACUUAUUCUUGGAGGCAGCGAGCCAGUGACACAACAGCAGGGACACUAGCAUGGGCCAUUUCAUUACUCCUAAACAAUCCCAAACUAUUAAUGAAAACACAAGAAGAAAUUGAUCUUCAUGUUGGUAAAAACAGACAAGUUGAUGAAUCAGACACACAAAAUUUAGUUUAUAUUCAAGCCAUUAUUAAAGAAACAUUACGUUUGUACCCUGCUAGUCCACUGUUAGGACCAAGAGAAGCAAUGGAUAAUUGUGAAGUGGGUGGCUACAAAAUUACUCCUGGCACUCGAUUUAUAGUAAAUGUAUGGAAAAUACAAAGGGAUCCAAGAGUUUUGGAAGAUCCCGAUUCUUUUAAACCUGAUAGAUUCUUGAUGAGCAGUCAUUCAAAUGUUGAUGUAAAAGGUCAAGAUUUCGAGCUCAUUCCGUUUGGUUCUGGUAGACGUUCUUGUCCUGGCGCGUCUCUAGCGCUACAAGUUCUUCAUCUGAUGUUGGCGCGUCUUCUCCAAGCUUUUGAGUUUUCUAAGCCUUUGGAUGAUCAACCAAUUGACUUGACGGAGAGCCCUAGUUUAACUAUACCUAAAGCGACACCAUUGGAUGUUCUCAUCACUCCGCGCAUUAGUGCCAACCUUUACAGUUGUUGAUGCAUUUCUUUUUGUUGUACGCCUGCUUAUCACCUGCGUUAGAAUCAAGCAGUUCAAUUCGAUUGUACCUGCCUAAAUUUCCUUGUUCAAGUUGGUUGAUUAGUCUCUCCUUUCUACUGAAUAAAACACAUGUUUGUGCCUUCAUUUUACAUGAAUAACAUAUCGGAGAUGUCAUUUC